AUGGUUAUGUGGGCUAUUUGGAAAAACUGGAAUGCACAAUUGUGGGAAGGUAGUAGACAGCAUCCAAGUGAAGCUUCUAUGGUAGCUAUGUGUUGGUUAAAUGAAUUUGCUAAAGCAAAUACCUUUGAACAGACUCCAAGGGUGCAACGAAGGGGAUGGGAGGCUCCAGAGAAUGGUUGGUUGAAGUGUAAUAGCGAUGGUUCUCAUCUUGCUGCUGCUAAUAGAGGCGACGUGGGAGCUGUGAUUCGUAACCAUGAUGGUACAUUCAAGGCAGCUACAAUGAAGCAACUUGAUCAAGUGGUUUCCCCUUUUCACGCUGAACUUAUAGCACUAUAUGAAGGUGUGAAGUUGGCUCAAACUUUGCAAUUUGAUAAGGUAGAAUUUGAAACUGAUUGUCUACUACUUGUGCAUGCCUUGGAACAAGAAGAUACAGAUUGUUCAAAUUUGGGCUUCAUGCUUGAAGAAGUGAAGGAGUUAAUGCGAGGACAUGUGCAUUACAUGAUCAGAUAUGUUCCUAGAGAUGCUAAUAUGGUGGCACAUAGAAUAGCUAGCCAUUCUUUGUGUAAUAGUGACAGCCAAACAUGGCUUAUAAUUGCUCCCGAGUUUAUAUGGGAUGUCAUUCUAAACGAGUGUACUCGUUAA